AUGUUACACCUAUUUCUUGGACCUGUUAGAGCGCGCCAAACUGUCAAAUGCAAAUCCAAUGCCGACAGCGAUUACCACGAAGCCAAUUUGGCCCUUGGUGAUAGCUCUCCGCUUCCUGAUCCGGUCCAGUAUCGCCAAAUUGUGGGCGCCUUACAGUAUGUUACCCUCUCUCGGCCCGACGUCGCCUAUGUUGUCAAUAAAGUGUGUCAGUUCAUGCACUCUCCUACAGAAAACCACUGGUCUACCGUCAAACGUAUCCUCCGAUACUUAAAGGGAACCUCUGCAUACUGUCUUCGCAUCCAUCAAAAUUCCGGAACUUCUCUCCAUGCCUACGCCGAUUCCACUUUUACUAACCUCAAUGCCUUUUCUGAUGCGGACUGGGUUGGCUGUCCAGAUGAUCGUCGAUCCACAUGGGGAUAUGCUAUAUAUAUCGGACCGAAUCUCAUCUCCUAG